UCACGCCGUACGCCCCGGCGAGGGCGUGCGGAGCUUGGCUGCUCCGGGGUUAGCCGCUGAGCCUGUGCGACUGCGCGAGAAGACGUUCAGCUUUGAAAUGCAGCGGGAUUUACUGCGUUUCCCGCUGUCUUCAGCGGUGCGGGUGAAGUUGGUGUCUGCGGGUUUCCAGACUGCUGAGGAACUCCUGGAGGUGAAACCCUCCGAGCUUAGCAAAGAAGUUGGGAUAUCUAAAGAGGAAGCCUUAGAAACUCUGCAAAUUAUAAGAAGAGAAUGUCUCACAAAUAAACGAAGAUAUGCUGGUACAUCUGAGUCAGGCAAGAAGUGUACAGCACUGGAACUUCUUGAGCAGGAGCAUAUCCAGGGCUCCAUAAUUACCUUCUGUUCAGCACUAGAUAAUAUUCUUGGGGGUGGAGUACCCUUAAUGAAAACAACAGAAAUUUGUGGUGCACCAGGCAUUGGAAAAACACAAUUAUGUGUGCAGUUGGCAGUAGAUGUGCAGAUACCGGAAUGUUUUGGAGGAGUGGCAGGUGAAGCAGUUUUUAUUGAUACAGAGGGAAGUUUUAUGGUUGAUAGAGUGGUAGACCUUGCUACUGCCUGCAUUCAACACCUUCAGCUUAUAGCAGAAAAACACAAGGGAGAGGAACAUCGAAAAGCUUUGGAGGAUUUCACUCUUGAAAAUAUUCUUUCCCAUAUUUAUUAUUUUCGCUGUCGUGACUACACGUUACUGGCACAAGUUUAUCUUCUUCCAGAUUUCCUUUCAGAACACUCACAGGUUCGGUUGGUGAUAGUGGAUGGUAUUGCUUUUCCAUUUCGUCAUGACCUAGAUGACCUGUCUCUUCGUACUCGGUUAUUAAAUGGCCUAGCCCAGCAAAUGAUCAGUCUUGCAAAUAAUCACAGAUUAGCUGUAAUUUUAACCAAUCAGAUGACAACCAAGAUUGAUAAAAAUCAGGCCUUGCUCAUUCCUGCUUUAGGGGAAAGUUGGGGACAUGCUGCUACAAUACGGCUAAUCUUUCAUUGGGACCUAAAGCAAAGGUUGGCAACAUUGUACAAGUCACCCAGCCAGAAGGAAUCCACAGUACUGUUUCAAAUCACACCUCAGGGAUUUAGAGAUACUGUUAUUACUUCUGCAUGUUCAUUGCAGACAGAAGAUUCCUUGAAUACAAAACGGUCACGAGAUGCAGAGGAAGAAUUGUAACCCAGAAGCAAAUCUCCAAGUAUAUAAAUUUACUGAUGUUGUGAAAUCAAUGUGUACAAGUAGAAUUGUUACUAUAAGAUGUAAAUAAACACUAUGGCAUGAAUGAA